GGCAGAAUAACACACAUAUUCAUAUAUCAGGAACCAUGCGUAUAAACAACAAUAUAGUCGUCUUUUUGUUAGAUUUAUUUUGCAAGCGGUUGGAUCGAACUGAUUAGCAACAGCUAGCAAAGAGGGGUGCGGCAUGGCGGGUCGCGGCCGCGGUCGGGGACGCUCGAACCUGACCUUCAGCAUCGAGGCUAUGGGCUUCGCCAAGGGAGAAGGGCUCCCUCCAUCCAUCCUGCAACCAACACCUCUGUUCCCACCAAUGGAACACAAGCCGGUUCCCCUGGCGACAGGCGAGGAGGCCGAGUACAUGCAGGCUCUGAAACAAGAGUUCAGAGGAGCCAUGAAAACCCUGCCCUUCUAUAUCAGACCUGCGGCUCCCAAGACAGACGUGGAGCGCUACUCUGAUAAGUACCACAGUGGGGAACCUGCGGACAACGUGAUAGACUGGAAGCCAGACUGGAGUCGGCUGCCUAAAGAACUUCGUAUCAGAGUCCGAAAGCCUGUGGAGAAUAGGGUUUCUCUUCCUGUUGAUCGCAUGGACAGAAGUUCAGCCAAUCACAACCUCAGUAAGAAAGAAGAUGUACUGUUAAAGCUGGAGGCGCUCGAGAAGGGUGAGAAGGCCGGCAGCUCAGAGGAUGAGGACGAGGACGAGACGAAGAAGAAACAGAAGGAGGAGGAGGGGACAGAAGGAGAGGAGGAGUACGAAGAGGAGGAGCUUGAGGAGGGAACGGACUACAUCAUGUCCUACUUUGACAACGGAGAAGACAAUGGAGGUGACAGCGAUGAAAACCUGGAUGAGGCUGUCUACUGACCAACAUAGACGCUGACCGAACACAAAACCCAACUGCUCUUAAACAACAUCUAAAAUGUCUGGAGUGAAUAGCGUGGAGGCGGUGAAGCGGAAGAUCCGAGUGUUGCAGCAACAAGCGGACGAUGCGGAGGAGCGAGCCGAGAGUCUCCAGAGACGGGUGGAGGAAGAGAAGCGCAC